AUGGUGAAUAAAUCGGGUACUAAUGUGUUGUACAUAACCUACAAGGAUCCUUAUUGUGGUUGGAGAUUAAGGGGAAAGAAAAAAAUGCAGUCUGAAAUGUUUGAGAUUACGGUCUACAAUGAUGUACACACUUGCUCACAAGAAAUCCAAGAGAAGGACCACCAUCAAGUAGCACCAUGGGUUGUUGGCCACCUAACCAAGAGGAAAUUUGCUACUGAUUGUACUCGGUACAUGGCAAACAAUAAAAGGGAGGACAUGAAACAUCAUUUUGGGGUCGAAAUAAGAUAUGAGAAGGCAUGGAGAUGCAGAGAAAAGGCAUUUAUGUAUGUUAGAGGCACAUGUGAGGAUUCAUACUCCAAGUUACUUGGAUACCUGUGUCAGUUGGAGCAGAAGAAUCUAGGUACAAUUUCUGAUUUUAAAGCAGAAGAUGGUCGUUUCUUGUAUUUCUUAUUUUCCAUUGGUGUUUCUAGGAGGGGAUUCUGGUAUUGUCAUCCUGUCAUUUGUGUGGACGACACAUUCUUGAAGAACAAGUAUGGUGGUCACAUGCUCUGUGUUGUUGCAUUGGACGCGAACAACCAUUUGUUUCGAAUUGUGUUCGGACUGGUGGGCAGCGAGGACCAUAACUCUUGGACUUAUUUCAUGAGAAAAUUGCAGGAAGCCAUAGGGGAUGUUGAAAACCUAGCAUUUGUAUCGGACAGGCAUGCAAGCAUUACUCAUGCUUUGGAGGUUGUGUUCUCAGAUGCCUACCACGGAAGGCUUGGAGGGGAGGUGCAAGGUGUGGAGUGGAAGAGCUCUUCAAGAGAUUUUCCGUUUGUGUUUGGUCUGAUUGCAAUGGCGGCAAUUGCAUUUCUGUUGUUUAUUCAUUUUGGAUUUGUGUCUGUUGGUUUCUUGUUUUUAAUGAGUGGUCCGUCUGACUGGUUGAUGAGUCGUUCAGUGUGUGAUAGCCAUGUUGAUUCAGUCAUUCGAUUGUCUUAUUCAUUUAGUGAAGAAGAUUUUAGUUCUCACUUGCAGAGUUUUGCUGAGAUGGUUGAUACAACCGAAUUACAGUAG